UCACCGGAAAGCCAUGUUUUGGCUCAGUAUUCAACUAGAAUGGGGAGAAUCAGGUUGAUAUUCUUGUGGUUCGUGGUGGUUGACAAAAGCUUUUGUGCAACCAUUCCACUUGGUGAUGAAGAUGUGCACAAGGAACUUUGUCUUACGAAGACUUGCAUUCAAUUGACCAGCCAACUUUUCGACAACAUGAACCUAAACGCUGAUCCAUGCCAUGAUUUCUACGAGUUCACUUGUGGUAAUUUUGUACGCACCAAAGAGAUCCCUGAGCACAAAGGUCUGGUCGACGGGUUUGAAAGGGUCAAUAAUUUGUUUGAACAACAAGGAAAAGCUCUCUUGGAAAAAGAACAAUCCGAAGGAGAUUGGGAGAUCUUCAAGCAUUUCCGAACUCACUAUAAGGCUUGCAUGAAUGAAUCGGCCAUUGAGGAGAAGAGUUUGACCUUGAUCAAGACCAAGCUGGAAUCAUUGGGAGGUUGGCCGAUUCUGAAAGGAGAAGAUUGGUCGGACGAAGAUUUCUAUUUGGAAGAUUAUCUUGUGACAGCAAUUCAAGAGGGUUUCCGCUCUUUUUCCUUGUUUGAGAUAUCCGUAGAAAUUGAUGAAAAGACCAAUGACAGCCAUGUGAUCAAGCUCGAUCAAGCUAUGUUCGGAAUUAGUAGGGAGUUUCUAGCACAGGGUCGUCAGGAAAGAACUGUCCAGGCUUAUCGCAAAUACAUGAAUGAAACGGCCCAACAUUUCGGAGUUAAAUCUGAAAAUCUGGACGAAUUAGACAAAGUCCUUGAUUUGGAAAUAGAAUUGGCUGGCAUUGCUCUCAGUCGAGAGAAUCGAAGCAAUCCUAUUCUUCGUUAUAAUGAGUUUAUUGCUGAAGAAAUCCCAUCCACGAUUGUCCCUUCUUGGCCUCAGCUGAUGCAAAAGAUAUUCCAAAAUGAAACCAUUACUGGAGAGGAGAAAGUGGUCAUUAAAGAUCUGGAUUACUUUCGCAACUUGGAAAGUGUCCUUGAAGGGUACAGUCGGCGGAACUUGGCUAACUUUCUUGGAUGGACAAUGAUCAAAAAUUUGGAUUCCUAUUUGGACUCCUUCAUUUUGGACAAGAAACAAGAAUUAGAAGCAAUUUUGAAAGGGAAGAAGUCACAACCUCUUCGAUGGAAAAGAUGUGUCAAGGCUGUCGGGUUUAACAAUUACGAUCCCAAAUCCUUCCAAAUCGGUGUGGGAAGCAUGCACGUCCUAGAGUACUUCCCUCCCAAGGCCAAAGAGAUCGUGGAGGACAUGUUGAGGAGGAUUCGGGCCACAUUCUCCGAUCUCAUUGUCAAUUCCAAUUGGAUGGAUGACGCAACCAUUGGCGAAGCUCAAGCCAAAUUGGACCGGAUGGACCAAAUGAUAGGAUAUCCGGAUGAGUUGUUAGACGAGGAGAAGGUCACGAGUCUUUACGAAGGCUUAGAGGUGUCUGACGAUCAGUACCUGCAAAAUCAUUUGACCGCAACUAAGAUAUACGACAAGAUAAAACGGCAAAGGCUUCGCAAACCUGCUUCGGAAUUCAAAUGGACUUCCAUGAGUACUUCUGCUUUGGUAAAUGCACUUUACGAAUGGGAAAUCAACGCCAUGCUCUUCAAUGCGGCCUUUCUUCAAGAUGUUUUCUUUCAAACUGAGGCUCCUAUGUACAAGAACUAUGGGGCAGUGGGUGUGGCUAUUGGUCACGAGAUCACACAUGGAUUUGACAAUAGCGGUCGGAAGUUUGACCUUGACGGUAAACUCAGGAAUUGGUGGACCAACGACACAGACAAAGCCUUUGAUGUCAAAAAAGAGUGCCUGGUUGAUCUGUACGAAGGCUUUGAAGUGAAACAAGUUGGCAAGAAUGUCAAUGGACGUUUGACUUUGGGAGAGAAUAUUGCCGAUUUUGGUGGCGUGCGCUCUUCUCACAUGGCAUUUGAGAAAUACUUGACCGAAAAUAAUGAAACACAGGUCUUGCCCGGUCUACCGUUCACCCCUUUGCAACUGUAUUGGAUCUUCUUUGGACAGUCUUGGUGCACUGUCGCUCGAGAUGAGAAGAUCAGGGACAAUCUGUUAAAUGACGAUCAUUCGCCUCCCCAAUUCCGGAUCAACGGGCCCUUAUCGAACUAUGAAGGCUUUGCCAAGGACUUUGGAUGUAAGCCAAGUGAUCAGAUGGUCCAAGAAACCCAAUGCCGAAUCUGGUAACUUGAAAUGAUAAUCUUUGGGCAGGAAUCAAUUGAAUAAAUAAACACCCGACAAUUUGGGCAAUGGCAGUCGUGA